ACUCCGGCAAGAGAGACCGACGAAGAGAGUCCUUAAUCCACCCGGACGUCGAAGAGCCGAGCUCGAUUAAUAGUCGCGCCCGCCAGAGAAACAACGUCGAUCCCGGUCGUAACGCGAGAUGACUUCUGCGGUGCUCUGAGCGGGACUUCUGGUACACUUCGAUGGGUGAUCGUGCGCACCUGAGGGAUCACGGCAUUGGCUCUUCGCAGGUCUCCGUGUGAGAUGGUCAGUUCGGAUAGUUAAGCGGUCAUGUAAACGUCCCACUGUGUCCAGGUGUCGUCGUGUGGUCUGACUGUUAGCGUAUCUCCAGUGAAUCUUCGUGGAAUCUAGAAAUCUUUUCCUCAAUCAGAAUGAGACCGAGCGCGAUUGUUCUGUUACUUCUGCUGUGCGCUCAGUUUCUCACAUCAGAAUCGAAGCUUCGACAACAGGCAGCUGUAGACGAUGACGAUGAUGACGAUGAUGAUGACUGGGAUGAUGACGACGAUGAUGAUGACGACGACGAAGGCUAUCAGUCGAGACCCGAAGUCGACGAUGACGGCCGGAUCUAUAAGAAUCCGCGAAACUCACCCUCUGUCAUGUGCCCGAGGGACGAGGAGCAGGCGGAGUUGAUAAAUCAGAAGUGUCUGCGAAAAUGCUCGACCGACGAGGAUUGCAAGAGCAAGAAGAAGAAAUGCAGAUGCGACGGAGCCUGCGGAAUGUCGUGCAUCAAGCCCGAGCGUGAAUGCCCGGUGUUGCCCGAAAUUGAUCACGGCGUAAUGACUGUCACCGGAAGAUUCUUUGGGGAUAGAGUCCAUUACGCCUGCGAUACUGUUUACUUUAUGGUCGGUCUAUCUGAGAGAACUUGUCGCGCCGACGGUCACUGGACCGGGACCACUCCGGCCUGCAAGAGGGACCCCAACUCCUUCUGCUCGCAGCCGCCGAAAAUUCAGGACGCACACCACAACGCCCUAACAGAACAGACGACCUUCGACCUUGACAGUACGGUGCAAUAUUUCUGCAAUCACGGAUACAUGGCAACGGGGGUGAAGCGAGCAAAAUGUCUAAUGAUAGAGAAGACUGCUAGUUGGUUCGGGCCAGAUAUCACUUGCAAGCCUCAAAGCUGUGGAAUACCUCCGGACGUUCCUAAUGGAUGGCACUCUGGGGAAUGUUACACGUAUGAUUGUCGCGUGUCGUAUCAUUGCUCGGAGGGUUAUGAAUUAGUUGGUAAAGCGGAAAAAUUGUGUCUGGCGGAUGGAACAUGGAUCCCGAAGGAGUUGCCGCAAUGCGUUCAAGUCACGUCCGUACAGUGUCCGAAGCCGGAUAAUCCAGUCAGCGGCAAGGCUGUCUACACCUCCUACGCGUAUAAUUCCAUCGUAUCGUACGAAUGCAAGUACGGUUAUACCGUUGUAGGCGCAGCAACUAGACGUUGCGGUGCUGACAGAAAGUGGACUGGAAAGACGCCUACUUGCCAGGAAAUCAAUUGCGGCUUACCUGGCGUGUUGUAUAACGGUUGGAUCGAAAACAUUGAAGCCGGCACAGGUAUGGGCGCCAGCAUAAUUUUCCGCUGUAAGGAUCACAUGAAACUUGAAGGCAAUACUUCUUCCGUCUGUCAAAAAGACGGUAAAUGGCGUUAUCCUUUACCGCAAUGCUUAGCGCCGUGCGUCGUCCCACAGAUUGAAUACGGUCACGUCACCGUAGCCAGCCACGACAGAAAUCACAUUAACAAUGUUACGGUGGUGGAACACGGUGAGAGACUUCUGGUUAGCUGCAUUCAGGAUUACGAAUUCGCCGCCAACAGCACGCCGGUGUUAUGCAACAACGGUACUUGGUCGAUAGUGCCUAAUUGCUCGCCGGCCCGUUGCAAGCAGAUGCCGAAGAUUCCGAAAAAUGGGAUGGUGAUAGCACCGAAGACGGACCAUGGCAUGAAAGCGGUCUUCAGGUGCAAGGAUGGCUUCGAGUUGAUUGGCGGCGGUCCAUUGAACGCUUCCAAGUCUGUGGAGUGUCGCUACGGCAAUUGGGUCGGCGAUAUACCAUAUUGCAAUCAAGUUUUCUGCCCGUUUCCCGGCUUCAUCGAGAAUGGCAAGGUUUUCUUGGUGGGCAAUAUGGGAGUUUACGAUUACAGACCAUAUGUCAGGAAGAUUGUCAACAACAAGCAGAUUAUGUACGACUGCGACAAAGGUUACGUUCUCGACGAAGGACCAGCCGGCGCGACUUGCAUAGGCGGUUCAUGGAGUCCCAAGGAGCUACCUAAGUGCAUUCUUGGACAACAUCCUAGACUCAGAUGGAGCAGACGACGUAGAUCAGUGGACGACGAUGUUUCUCUGAAUUACAACGUUACCUUGAAGUUACAAAAAUUCAUUGAUUUCUUCCGUAAAGUGGGCAAGAAGCUUCUACAUAUGGAGAUGAAUCGAAGUCGCGAACAUGCCAAGCAUAAAUCGGAAAUGAAGCCAGCAUCCGGUGUCAACUAUCAAAACAAUACCAAUGCAUCCGAUCCAUCGGCUUGGAAAACGCAUGCAAGUCACGGUAAUAGAUCCCGUCUGCGAGAGGAGAGAAUGAUCGAGUUUCUCAAGAUGGUAUAUAGAAAACUGCAGCGCAUGGACGCCAGACAACCAAAUAACUCCAGCAACAAUACCAUGCACGAUUUGCUGAACGCCAUGAGCAAAAAUUUCUUCCACGUGGAUCUUGCGGAAUCGCGACGAAACAACAGCAGGGCUCGUUCGGACUUCGAAAUACGCAAUCAGAGGGAGUUUAUUAAAUUGAAGCGGGAAUUCGAACGAAUUAUGCGAUUCUACAACAAGUCCAUACGCUGGAACGAGAAGCAGAUCCGAAAGGAUGCGAAGAGAAAAGGUCUGUCGCAUGCGGAGAAGCGAAAGGACAAGAAGAAGCAUAGGAAGAAUUAUUACAAGGGCUUCUACGAGUUCGUCAACAGUUAUGUAACCGAGAAGUUGUCGAUGUUAGAGGCGCGAAACGCAACCGAAGAGCUAAUCAAGAAGAUGAACAUCGACAAGUUCACUGUGAGAAACGGCACGACUUUCACGGUCGGCGAGAUGUACGCGUUUUUCAAACAUAUCAUACAGAAUCGAUUGAACUCGACGGAAGAGAGCGUAGACGUAGAAACCAGCACGACACCGGUGCCGAAAGAGGUCGAGUCAUACAAUAAUCAAUCAUCGACAAUCCCGAGUAAUGAUGCCGCCGUGCUGGACAACGAGAUUCCGGCCAAAGAAGGGACGCCGAAGCACCGUAGUAAGCGGAUACGAAAUGCCUCGGAGGAUGCUGGCUCGCCGCGACAAAAGAGGAAGCUUCUGUCCAUAAAGUCGCUGGCCAACAGCGAUCAAAAGAAUUCAAGAAAGUCUGCCGACGAUGCCAAAUCAAAACAAUUCACUUUCGACGAGCUGCAGGCGCAACAGCAGAGCCGCUCGAAACGAUUCCUGCCACUUUCCGAGCUGGAUAAUCAAAUAUUCCUCAAGAACUUGUAUCUCAACGCUUACGAAGACGAGUAUCGAGCAAACGUGAAGCGAUCUCUCGAUCAGAUGAACUACACAGCGGGCUGGCUCUCUUCGAAGAGGCGUAAGGGGAACCUCGGCGCGUACGAGAUCAAGUGAGGAAAUAAUGUGUUGUGAUAUUAACGGAAUUUACUAAGUUAUUUACUGAUAUCAAUCGAUUUUAGGCGAGUGUACACUAUAUAUACAAUAGUUAUAAUCGUUGUCCCUCGUCGAUACGCACUGUAACGUGUAUCGCGCUUUUUUGAAAAAUAAAUCUUUUCCAUGCAAGCGU